AUAUAUGCCCUCCCUUUCUCUCUCUAUCUUUCUCUCUCUUGUUAUCAACGAAACCGCUCUCUCUGGUUUGUUGAUCCGAAAUUCCGAAUAAUCAUCUCUCUCUCUCUUUAAAGAAAAUAUAUAAUUUGAUUCUUGUUAUAUUUCUUUAUCUACUCGUAAUUUCUCUUCUGAGUCAGAUUGACGUCUCCACUGGAUCAAUGGACAGCUUUGAUUGAAAUAGAGAGAGCUGGUGGUGUUGAUUUUUCACUAAAGUGUAGACUUCAGAUUACGCCAAUUGAUUGCAGCAUGUAAAGGCUGUGAUUAAGCAUGUUUCCAGAAUUUUGGUUGCAUUAUAAUCUUUUCAGCAAUCAAAAGUUGGUUUUUGUUGAUGUUUUGUACUCUAUGCCAUGCUAUAGAACUGGCAUAAAACUACCGCAACAUGAAAAACAGUGUGUUGUCACUGUAGAAACUUCUGCCUGGAGAUUGGAAGUUCAUUAAAGAAUUGAGAAACUGUUGCCUUGAAAAUUAACAAUGGAGAAAUAUAAAAUGUGUAAAGAGCUUGGAGAUGGAACAUGUGGAAGGGUUUAUAAAGCUAUUGACAAGGAGACCUCUGAGAUUGUUGCAAUUAAGAAAAUGAAAAGAAAAUUUUAUGUUUGGGAGGAAUGCGUGAAUUUAAGAGAAGUUAAGUCACUUCGCAGAUUGAAUCAUCCUAACAUCAUAAAGCUGAAGGAGAUUGUCAGAGAGAACAAUGAACUUUUCUUCGUAUUUGAGUACAUGGAGUAUAAUCUAUAUCAGAUUAUGCGAGACAGGCAAAAUCCUUUUUCAGAGAAAGAAAUUAGAGAUCUCAUGUAUCAGGUUCUUGAAGGACUUGCUCAUAUGCAUAAAAAUGGGUAUUUUCACCGUGAUUUGAAACCAGAGAACCUGUUGGUUACCAAUCAGAUUAUAAAAAUGGCUGACUUUGGACUGGCUCGGGAAGUAUCAUCAGUGCCACCCUUUACUGAGUAUGUCUCCACACGCUGGUACCGAGCGCCCGAAGUCUUGCUGCAAUCCCCAUUAUAUACUCCAUCCGUUGACAUGUGGGCUGUUGGCGCAAUACUAGCUGAACUAUUCACUUUGUGUCCCAUUUUCCCGGGAGAAAGUGAGGCAGAUCAAUUGUACAAGAUUUGCUGUGUUCUGGGUAAGCCAGAUUGGACUACAUUUCCUGAAGCAAGGAAUGUUUUUCUAUUAGCUAAUCUUUGUUAUUCUGAGAUUGUGCCCCCUAACCUCUCUGACAUUAUACCGAAUGCAAGCCCAGAAGCAAUUGAUUUGAUCAAGCAACUUUGUUCGUGGGACCCACUGAAGAGACCGACUGCAGAUGAAUGCUUAAGACAUCCUUUUUUCUCCAAGGUUCCUCAUCCCUUUGGGGAUGAUCUACUUCAGCUAAAGCUGAAUAGCAUGGCAAUACCAACAAUGCAGCCUGACCUUGAGUUGAAGCUAUGGGACUUUGGCACUCAACCUGCCGACGAUUGUUUUCUGGGGUUGACAUUGGCCGUUAACCCCAGCAUUCCUAACUUAGACAUUGUACAUAAUAAGUUAUCCGGCUUUCAGGACAAAUCUCAAUCACCAGUGAUUUGGCAGUUGUUUUCUCCUGAUCAUAAUAAUAAUAAUGGUCUUGGUGGGAUGGGUCCAGCACUUGAUCAUCAGUCAUCCUUAUCGCUCUCAUUCAGUUCAAAUCAUAAUUCAUCUGGUGUUGGAGUUGGAGUUGUUGUUCCACAAACAAGUGGAUUCAGCAUGGCACCGUCAUCGUCAUCCAUAUGGGCCAACUGCAUGGAGCAUCAUCACCAUCAUCAUCCAUGGCUUGCUAUGUCAUCUUGUUCUCAUUAUCCAGCACAGUUAUCUCCUUUAAAGAGUAAUGGAGAUUAUUAAAGCAGCAGCAGCAGCAGCAGCUCUUUUCUUCCCCCUCCCAUACAUAUUUGCAAAAGAGGUCAAUCCUGUUCAUUAUUAUUAUUAUUAUUAAUCAACACCCAAAAUCAUGACAGACAGUUUCUCUCCUCACAAACUUCAUCAGGAUUAUUAUUAUCAUUUUUUUUCUUCUUCUUCUUUAUAAAGUAAGAGAAUGAAACCCCAGCCUUUUAACUUCUGGGUGGUGGAUGCUGAAUCUUCUUUUCUUGUCCUGUGAAUACAUAUUAUUAAUAAUAAUAAUAAUAAUAAUAUACAGAUUAAAUUUCUCAUGA